AUGGUUACCAAGGUUGGAAUCAACGGUUUCGGCCGUAUCGGUCGUAUUGUCUUCCGUAACGCCCUCGAGCACGGCGAAGCUGACGUUGUCGCUGUCAACGACCCUUUCAUUGAGACUCACUACGCUGCCUACAUGCUCAAGUAUGACACCCAGCACGGUCAGUUCAAGGGUACCAUCGAGGUCGACGGCCAGGACCUCAUCAUCAACGGCAAGCGCGUCAAGUUCUACCAGGAGCGCGACCCCGCCAACAUCCCUUGGGGCGCCACUGGAGCUUCUUACAUUGUCGAGUCCACCGGUGUCUUCACCACCACUGAGAAGGCCUCUGCUCACUUGAAGGGUGGUGCCAAGAAGGUCAUCAUCUCGGCUCCUUCUGCCGAUGCCCCUACUAACCGGAAAAUCCCCAAGAUGUUCGUCAUGGGUGUCAACCACGAGUCCUACAAGAGCGAAAACACCGUCAUCUCCAACGCCUCUUGCACCACCAACUGCUUGGCCCCUCUCGCCAAGAUUGUCAACGACAACUGGGGUCUCGUUGAGGGUCUCAUGACCACCGUCCACUCUUACACUGCCACCCAGAAGACCGUCGAUGGUCCUUCUGCUAAGGACUGGCGUGGUGGCCGUAGCGCUGCUCAGAACAUCAUUCCCAGCAGCACUGGUGCCGCCAAGGCCGUCGGCAAGGUCAUUCCUUCUCUUAACGGCAAGCUUACUGGAAUGUCCAUGCGUGUGCCUACCUCCAACGUCUCAGUUGUCGACUUGACCUGCCGCACUGAGAAGCCCGUCUCUUAUGAUGAGAUCAAGGCUACCGUCAAGAAGUACGCCGAGGGCGAACUUAAGGGCAUUGUCGGAUACACCGAGGACGACAUUGUCUCCUCCGACUUGAACGGUAACACCAACAGCUCCAUCUUCGAUGCCAAGGCUGGUAUCGCCCUUAACUCCAACUUCGUCAAGCUUGUCAGCUGGUACGACAAUGAAUGGGGCUACUCCCGCCGUGUUGUUGACCUCAUUGUCUACAUCUCCAAGGUCGACGGCAGCGCCUAG